UGCGAAUGGACGUCUGUCAGACUAUUUUUCUGUAAAAUUACGUGACGAAAAUAUCGACAAAUGUUCUUGUGAUGACAGUGAAAGUGUUAUCACUUAAGUGUGAUGUGAUGAGACGUUUUCUAAGGCUUCGUGAGGAUGUUCGUCAUAGCAGUUUUCAGCUUACUUGUACAAGAAUCGUUACCGCUUCGUAUGGUGCGCGUGUCGGUGCCGGCGUACCGCGUGCGCGGGCAGCCGGCGCAGCUGGAGUGCGAGUACGACCUGGGCGACGACGCGCUCUACUCCGUCAAGUGGUACCGCGACAACGAGGAGUUCUACCGCUACAUGCCCAAGUUCGACCCGCCGAAGCACGCCUAUAAGAUAGAGGGGAUCAAAGUAGAUGUAGCUAAGUCAGAUGACCGCAAAGUGGUCCUGCACCAAGUGAUGCUGAAGACGUCGGGGCUGUACCGGUGCGAGGUGUCUGCAGAAGCGCCGAGCUUCUCCUCAGCCGCUGGAGAAGGAAAACUAGAAGUUAUUUAUUUACCAAGGGAGGGUCCCAGGAUAACUGGAAAUGAACAGGAGAACAGAAAAGGGGAUUCAUUAUUCCUAAAUUGCACGUCGGGGAGGUCAUACCCUGCAGCCGUGCUCAGUUGGGACAUUGACGGGGAAAAGGUAACAAACCCGGAGCUCCUAGUGGAGUACCCCCCGACGCUGCACGCGCACGGGCUGCUGUCGUCAGCACUAGGCCUGCGGGUGCCGGUGGGGAGGACCAUGCAGGUGCGGUGCACGGCGCGGGUCGCGCCCGCCUGGAGAGAGGGCAGCGAGGCUGUUGUUGGGAACCAGCUGGCGGAUAGCAAGGAGGCUAUGUUGCUUGUGAAGAGCUCAAGCGACGUGUCAUCACCGAGCGUAAUCCUGUUAACACUAGCCCUGGGCCUGCUCAUCGCCCCGACGCAAUCCGGCACGUGAUAAAUUAUCUCCGGACUUAUAUUAACAAACGUGAUUUAGGCGUAACACUCCGAAUUAUUGAGCUACGAAUAGACCAUAAACUUGAUGAAUGAAAUCAAUGUUACCUGGAUUCGUUUCCCACAGGCAUAUUAAUGGGUAGAAUUUUUUUAUCUUGUAGACGACCUUUCAGAAUCUGCUGUUUUAAGUCUCUAAUAUUUAAGUCCUUUAAUUUGAGACUGUAAGUCAAACGUUUGUUUGAAUAUAAAAUGUCAUCUAAACAGUUUUUAUUUCUCUCUUUAAAUUUAAAGUUAAUGGUUAUUUUUCACCUAAAAUGUCUAUAUCGUUUCAGGUUGAAUGGUACCAAAGGUAUGUUUGUCAAAUUAUAUCAAUAAAUUUUAUUCAUAGUCUAUCAUUUACGGAGUAUAGUUACUUUCAGUGGUGUAUUGGAUAUACAUGGUGUGUCUGACCUUGGGGCUUUAAAUCCAGGGCUUGAUUUUACUCGCUAAACUGAGCUACUUUUACUAUGGGACCAACCCUAAAAUCGGGGAUUUUUUUUGGCUUUCCCUUAGAAAACGUCAACAUCUGAUCUGCCAAAACGUAUGAAAAGGUAAAAAAAAAAUUCGGGAUUUCGGGGUUGGUGCCAUAAUAAAAGUAGCUCAGUUUAGCGAGUAGAAUCGAGCCCUGGAUUUAAAGCCCCAUGGUCAGACACACCCUGUAUAAAGAUUCUUACCAGGAAGAUCUAUUAGAACUUAGUUACGCUCUAUGGGAACCAGUUUGCCCUAGUUUUGCUGUGAAGACUUAUAAGCUUUGUUUUUAUGAAAAUUAAAUUCACCGAAGAGAAAGAAACCUUAAAUUUUAUUUUUUUACUUUUUUAUUUAUUAAACUUUACACAUAAAUUAACAGUAUGACACCAAAGCACUUAUGUGGUAUAUUACAUUAUAAUAUUAAAAUUCU